AAGGAAGAAAUCAGGAAGAAACUUUGUCUCCCAUGGCUGUCAGGUGGAGGAGUUAUUUUGUUUCUAGAGAACUGAAACUUCUGGCGGACUUAUUUUUUUCCCCAUUCGGUUGAAGUCAUAGUGAGAGGGCUGUCAGAGCCGAAGGUGUCUGAGACCAGUAAGUUCAGGACCUGUUUCCACCGCCGGUACCGCUCCGUGGAAAUGGGCUUUUUACGUCCAUGACAGGGAAAUGAAAUAAUUCAAGUCAUUUUCGGAAAUGACGGGUAGUUUGACUCAGUUGUUCCGUCUAGUUAAUCGUGUGAGGUGACAAACACGAUUGGAAAUGGCUCCCUGACUGAAGUGUGCUGCGGGUCGUCGCUUGGCUGCCGGCGGGGCAGACCGGGGCUCGGGUCCGGCUCCCGGGGCGUGCGGCCGGGAUGCAGCGCCUGCCCCUGCUGGCCCUGCUGCUCAGCUGCGCAGGGCUUGCUUCUCCUCCUGCUCCCGUCAACGUCAGAAUGACUUCUGACAACUUCCAGCACGUCCUCCGCUGGGACCCGGGGCCCGGGACCCCCACAGGGACCCGCUACAACAUCUCCAAGACGAAGGCGGGCAGGAAAGCGUGGAAAUUGUCUUUCAAAUCCACUAAUGAAACAUCAUGUCGACUGAGGCUGGAGAACAAGGAGCAGUACUCCUUCUAUGUUCAGGCACUCCACAACCAAACCCUGUCUCCAAAAUCCAACCUAGUCACCUUCAAGCCUUUCCGGGACACCACAAUAGGUCCCCCAGAGCUGUCUCUCUCUGGACAUGGCACAUACAUCCAUGUCAACAUUUCACUGCCUAAAGCUGAUAAACUCUCAAAGAUUGAUGAUAUCCAGAAGUUCUUUGAUCCCAAGUUCAUUGUCCUGUGGAGAAAAGAGAAUGGAAAAGUACACGAGUUUGAAACCCAUAAAAAGAGUUUUCCAAUCAAAGACUUGGAGGAAGGUGUGGAAUACUGGGUACAGGUGGACAUGAAGAUACGUUCAAACCGACACACAAAGCCUUCUGCCUGGUGUCGUGUGUGGACAAGCCCUCAGAAGCAGACACGUGUUCCCGUUUUUGUUGGAGUUGUCAGUAUUCUUCUGGUUUUUAUAAUCAUCAUCCUGAUAAUGGGCAGCUUUACCUGCUGCAGACUGAAGACAUCUGUUCCCAGAUCUUUAAUGAUAGUUCUUGGCAAAAACAACAUCCUGACCCCAAAGAGGCUGAUACCAGACCAGAUCUCCAUUGGCUCUGAAAAUGGGAAAAAGGAUAAACGUAAAGAUCCCAGAACAUCAGGUCCUGACAAUACGUCGGGGGAGGAGGACAACAGUGAUGAUGAGAGCGAUACGGGGAAUCUGUAUUUGGGCAGAGAUGAAGGACGCUCUUUGUCUGAAAGCUCCUAUCAGGAAUCUGGUAGUUUAUGUGAGCAAAGCAAGAUGGCGAAAGACUCUGAGGAUGUCCCGGUAGUCUCGUUAGCAGAGACAGAGAGACUGGAACCAGAAUCUGAUCACGAAGACACCAAAGCAGAAGGAGCACAGACGUGUUUCAGGAACAGCUCUGGACUGCAGUCCCCAUUGAGAGGAGAUGAGGCAGGAGGACUGAAGGAGGAGAGUCUGGUUUGGGACGUCUCUGGCAACGUCAAUCUGUUCUCUGUCACCCUUGCGUCAUUAAGUGUCGGCAAUGAAGCUGGGGAAGAAGCCAAGCGGCACACAGAAGACUCUAGUCUGGGGCUUUUGAGCCAGACAAGCUCACAAACAGAACUAGACGAUCCGCCAACCGCAGAGCUGACGGAUCAGACACACGAAGACACCGAGGCCCCAUGUGCUGACAGAUGUGCAGAAACAUGGCUCCUGACGGACGAGGACGAGGAAGACUUCUCUGAGUACUUGGGACACAGAUGAUUUGUUGGUAUUCUACAUGUGUACACAUUCCGUUUUGUAAUUCAGAUCACUUUAUUUGCACC